AUGACAAUAUUCACCUGGCUGAAGAACCGUUACCGGAUAUUUGCCUUCCGUCACCAAAUCAACCGGUAUGACUUCUGGGUGACCGAUGAGAGUGUAGACUGGGACGUGGCGGGAGACCAUAACAACACCAGUGGCCCUAAGAAAGGCUCUAGCCUUGCCCGUACCGAAGCUGGCACCCCCAGGGAAUCCUCUAACUGGUCCCACGCUGAAGUUCUUCUCUUGAUUACAUGCUACGAGAGCCACAUGCUACAUUGCCAUGCCAGGACGAAGAAAAGAAAAUAUAUUUGGACUAAGAUCAGCACAGAAAUGAGGGACCACGACAACUUGAGAACAGCCUCUGACUGUGAGAAAAAAUUCAAAGGGCUAAAAAGAACCUAUGAUAAGCAUCGCCUACGCAAGCGGAAGAGUGGAAGGGAUAGGAAGGAGUGGCCCUUCUCUAAAGAAAUAGACAACUUCUUGUCUUCAAGUGCAGAGUAUCAGGCACCAACUGCAUCAAGCAUGCCUAUGGAGCCAUCAACAUCAGCCUUGUCAGAUGUACAGCUGUCGGGACAGACUCGGGAAACUCAUGAAUGGCAAGCUGAUGAGCGACAACGUUACAAGCAGCAACUAAAAAUGCAACGACUGAAACUGAAAAUGCUAAAGCGCAUUGCAGAGAGUGCCAGUCAACAUAGUAAUUAA